AUGUACAAGUUAAAAUUAUUAUACUGCGUCGUCCUUCUGUCGACAAUCAGAGCAUAUUGCUACUCGUUUGACGAUUAUCAAGCGAACACAGCCGCUAUCUUACAUUUAUUGAGCAAGGAAGACUCCAAUAAACACCUCGUGAACACAGUAGUGGACUGUAUGGGAAAAACAUUCACGUCUAAAGGUAAAUCGACAGAUUUCUUAAGAUGUGUCAACGACUUGAUGCACACGGACGAUUUGACAAACACAGACGAUAUUAGAUACAUAAUUGGAAAUUACGCAGCAAGAGCGUCAAAACUGUUAGUCAAAUGCUAUAUUAAGAAGGAUGACCUCACAUACUGCUUGAGAGCGUUCGGAGACUGCCUUCCACUGAUGCUCAGAGGCCUGUUCGGCUACGACGUGCACAAGAGGAACUGCAGGCGUCUGAUUAACCUGCCGAAGUACGACAAGGAGGACGACUACUACAGGGACGAGGAGGAAGAGAUGCUCGACGAGAGUAAAGAGGGAAGGGAAGGAGAGUCGGUAGGAGAAGGCUCAAGGAGCCCAGCAGAGAACUCAGAAGCAGAAGCAGCAUCUCCAGUAGAUACGUCAGAAUUUUCAGCAGCAACAUCAGCUGCAGCAUCGCCUGCAGAGAAAAUGACAACUCAGGGCGAGGGUGACCCGGAAACGAGUCAAGAUAAAGGAAGCGAGUCAGACGAUAGCAUAGAAGUCAUUUCAGACCAAGAGUAG